UUACCGAUGUGGAGCUAAAACGACUCAAAGAUGCCUUCAAGAGGACCUGUGGACUCUCAUAUUACAUGGGUCAGCUCUGCUUCAUCAGGGAAGUGCUUGGGGACGGAGUACCUCCGAAAGUUGCUGAGACAGUCUUCGAAUUUUCUGAGUAGUUCCAUGAGGCCACGGCGUAAGAUGACUGAUCUGACAGGAUAGGUCAGGCCUCAAGUGAGUCGCUUAGAGUUCUACUGAACUUCAAGAGGGUAGAGAAAUGUACCAACCAGUAUCUUCCUACUUCUGUAUUUGAAAACUAAAAAGGUGAUUUACUGUUCUUUUGGUGGAACGUCCAAAGGGCUGCACUUCAAUAACUUAAUAGUUGGACUUGUCCUCCUUACAAGAGGCAGAGAUGAAGAGAAAGCAAAAUACAUUUUUAGUCUUUUUUCAAGUGAAUCCGGGAGCUAUGUUGUACGGGAAGAAAUGGAAAGAAUGCUCCAUGUGGUGGAUGGUAAAGUCCCAGAUACACUCAGGAAGUGUUUUGCAGAGGCAGAGUUACAGAGAGAGACAAAGAGAAAGAAAUCUUCCAUCUGCUGGUUCACUCCCCAAAUGGCCGCAAGGACUGGAGCUGUGCUGAUCCAAAGCCAAGAGCCAGGAUCUUCUUCUUGGUCUCCCACAUGGGGUGAAAAGGUAAACUACGAAAAGUUUAGAAAUUGGCUGCUUCUAAACAAAGAUGCUUUUACCUUCUCACGUUGGCUGCUGUCUGGAGGUGUAUAUGUCACCCUCACUGAUGAUAGUGAUACUCCCACUUUCUACCAAACUCUGGCAGGAGUCACGCAUUUGGAAGAAUCAGACAUCAUUGAUCUCGAGAAACGCUAUUGGUUGCUAAAGGCUCAGUCCCGGACUGGAAGAUUUGAUUUAGAGACAUUUGGCCCAUUGGUUUCACCACCUAUUCGUCCGUCUCUAAGUGAAGGUUUGUUUAAUGCUUUUGAUGAAAAUCGUGACAAUCACAUAGAUUUUAAGGAGAUAUCUUGUGGAUUAUCAGCAUGUUGCAGGGGCCCCCUGGCUGAAAGACAAAAAUUUUGCUUCAAGGUGUUUGAUGUUGACCGUGAUGGAGUGCUGUCCAGAGUUGAGCUCAGAGACAUGGUGGUUGCGCUUUUAGAGGUCUGGAAGGACAACCGCACUGAUGACAUCCCUGAAUUACAUAUGGAUCUCUCUGACAUUGUAGAAGGCAUACUGGAUGCACAUGAUACCACAAAGAUGGGCCAUCUUACUCUGGAAGACUAUCAGAUCUGGAGUGUGAAAAAUGUUCUUGCCAAUGAAUUUUUAAAUCUCCUUUUCCAGGUUUGUCACAUAGUUCUUGGUUUAAGACCAGCUACUCCAGAAGAAGAAGGACAAAUUAUUAGAGGAUGGUUAGAACGAGAGAGCAGGUACGGUCUGCAGCCAGGACACAAUUGGUUUAUCAUCUCUAUGCAGUGGUGGCAGCAGUGGAAAGAAUAUGUCAAAUACGAUGCCAACCCUGUUGUAAUUGAGCCAUCAACUGUUAUGAAUGGAGGAAAAUAUUCAUUUGGAACAGCAGUACAUCCAGUGGAACAGGGUGAAGAUAGAAUUGGAGGCAGUCUCAGUUAUGGGAAUACAGAAGAAAAAUUUUCAGACAAUAUUUCUACUGCAUCUGAAGCCUCGGAAUCCACUGGCAGUGGCUUUCUGUAUUCUACCACACCUGGGGCAGAUAUGUGCUUUGCUCGACAACACAACACUUCUGACAAUAACAACCAAUGUUUACUAGGAGCCAAUGGGAAUAUUUUGUUGCAUCUUAAUCCUCAGAAACCAGGGGCUAUUGAUAAUCAGCCACUAGUAACUCAAGAACCAGUAAAGGCUACAUCAUUGACACUAGAAGGAGGACGAUUAAAACGAACUCCACAGCUAAUCCAUGGAAGAGAUUAUGAAAUGGUCCCAGAACCUGUAUGGAGAGCACUUUAUCAUUGGUAUGGAGCAAACCUGGCCCUACCUAGACCAGUGAUCAAGAAUAGCAAGACAGAUAUCCCAGAGCUGGAAUUAUUUCCUCGCUACCUUCUCUUCCUGAGACAGCAGCCUGCCACUCGGACACAGCAGUCUAACAUCUGGGUGAAUAUGGGUAUGAUGAGCCUGAGAAUGUUUCCUCAGCAUUUACCGAGAGCAUGGACUCCAUUGCUGAGAAGGGUGCCUUUUUUUACAUCUGCCUUUUUCCUUAUUGUGAUUACUACAACCGUAGGAAAUGUACCUUCUCCGAAUGCACCUUUAAAGCGAGUAUUAGCCUAUACAGGCUGUUUUAGUCGAAUGCAGACCAUCAAGGAAAUUCAUGAAUAUUUGUCUCAAAGGCUGCGCAUCAAAGAGGAAGACAUGCGCCUGUGGCUAUACAACAGUGAGAAUUACCUUACUCUUCUGGAUGAUGAAGAUCAUAGAUUGGAAUAUUUGAAAAUCCAGGAUGAACAGCACCUGGUCAUUGAGGUGCGCAACAAAGAUAUGAGUUGGCCAGAAGAAAUGUCUUUUAUAGCGAACAGUAGUAAAAUAGAUAGACACAAGGUUCCAACAGAAAAGGGAGCCACAGGUCUGAGUAACCUGGGAAAUACAUGCUUCAUGAACUCUAGCAUACAGUGCGUUAGUAACACACAGCCACUGACACAGUAUUUUAUCUCAGGGAGACAUCUUUAUGAACUCAACAGAACCAAUCCCAUCGGCAUGAAGGGGCAUAUGGCUAAAUGCUAUGGUGAUUUAGUACAGGAGCUCUGGAGUGGGACCCAGAAGAACGUUGCUCCAUUAAAGCUUCGGUGGACAAUAGCGAAGUAUGCUCCCAGGUUUAAUGGGUUCCAACAACAAGACUCCCAAGAACUUUUGGCUUUUCUUUUGGAUGGUCUUCAUGAAGAUCUGAACCGAGUCCAUGAGAAGCCAUAUGUAGAACUGAAGGACAGUGAUGGCCGGCCAGAUUGGGAAGUAGCUGCAGAGGCCUGGGACAACCAUCUGAGGAGAAAUCGAUCAAUUGUUGUGGAUUUGUUUCAUGGGCAGCUAAGAUCCCAAGUCAAAUGUAAAACGUGUGGGCAUAUAAGUGUCCGAUUUGAUCCCUUCAAUUUUUUGUCUUUGCCACUACCAAUGGACAGUUACAUGCACUUAGAAAUAACAGUAAUUAAGUUAGAUGGUACAACUCCCGUACGAUAUGGACUAAGGCUAAAUAUGGAUGAAAAGUACACUGGUUUGAAAAAACAGCUGAGUGAUCUCUGUGGACUUAAGCCAGAACAAAUCCUUCUUGCAGAAGUACACAGUUCCAACAUAAAGAACUUCCCUCAGGACAACCAAAAAGUACGACUGUCAGUGAGUGGAUUUUUGUGUGCAUUUGAAAUCCCUAUCCCUGCUUCUCCAGUUUCUGCUUCCAGUCCAGUACAGACAGAUUUCUCCUCUUCCCCAUCUACAAAUGGCAUAUUCACCCUAACUACCAAUGGGGAUCUGCCCCGACCAAUCUUCAUCCCCAAUGGAAUGCCAAACACUGUUGUACCAUGUGGGACUGAAAAGAACUUCACAAAUGGAAUGGUGAAUGGUCAUAUGCCGUCUCUUCCUGACAACCCCUUUACAGGCUACAUCAUUGCCGUCCACCGAAAAAUGAUGAGGACAGAACUCUAUUUCCUGUCAUCUCAGAAGAAUCGCCCCAGCCUUUUUGGAAUGCCACUGAUUGUGCCCUGUACUGUGCAUACCCGGAAGAAAGACCUCUAUGAUGCAGUUUGGAUUCAAGUGUCUCGAUUAGCCAGCCCACUCCCACCUCAGGAAGCUAGUAACCAUGCUCAGGAUUGUGAUGACAGCAUGGGCUAUCAAUACCCGUUCACUCUACGAGUUGUACAGAAAGAUGGAAACUCCUGUGCUUGGUGCCCAUGGUACAGAUUUUGCAGAGGCUGUAAAAUUGAUUGUGGGGAAGAUAGAGCUUUCAUUGGAAAUGCCUAUAUUGCCGUGGAUUGGGAUCCCACAGCCCUUCACCUUCGCUAUCAAACCUCACAGGAAAGAGUCGUAGAUGAGCACGAGAGUGUGGAGCAGAGUCGGCAGGCGCAAGCUGAGCCCAUCAACCUGGACAGCUGCCUCCGUGCUUUCACCAGCGAGGAGGAGCUGGGGGAGAACGAGAUGUACUACUGCUCCAAGUGUAAGACCCACUGCUUGGCAACCAAGAAGCUGGAUCUCUGGAGGCUUCCCCCUAUCCUGAUUAUCCACCUUAAACGAUUCCAGUUUGUAAAUGGUCGAUGGAUAAAAUCACAGAAAAUUGUUAAAUUUCCUCGUGAGAGUUUUGACCCUAGCGCUUUUCUGGUACCAAGAGACCCUGCUCUGUGCCAGCGUAAGCUGCUCACACCCCAGGGGGAUGAGCUCUGCGAGGCCAGGGUCCCGGCAGGAGAGGUGAAGAGGGUGGAUGCCCAGAGCUCCGCUGGGGAAGAGGAGGUGCUGCUCAGCAAGAGCCCGUCCUCCCUCAGCGCCGGCGUGCUCGGUAGCCCAAAAGGUUCCCCUUCUUCAUCAAGAAAGAGUGGAACCAGCUGUCCUUCUAGCAAAAACAGUAGCCCUAACAGUAGCCCACGGACUUUGGGGAGGAGCAAAGGGAGGCUCCGCCUACCCCAGAUUGGCAGCAAAAAUAAACUAUCAAGUAGUAAAGAGAACUUGGAUGCCAGCAGAGAAAAUGGGUCUGGGCAGAUCUGUGAACUGGCUGAUGCCUUGAGCAGAAUGCACAUGCUGGGAGGCAGCCAGCCUGAGCUCGUCACCCCUCAGGACCAUGAGGUAGCCUUGGCCAAUGGAUUCCUUUAUGAGCAUGAGGCGUGCGGCAAUGGCUAUAGCAAUGGGCAGUUUGGAAAUCACAGGGAAGAAGACAGCCUUGAUGACCAAAGAGAAGAUCCCCGCAUUAAGCCCAUUUAUAAUCUGUAUGCAAUCUCGUGCCAUUCAGGAAUUCUGGGUGGGGGCCAUUACGUCACUUACGCCAAAAACCCAAACUGCAAGUGGUACUGUUACAAUGACAGCAGCUGUAAGGAACUUCACCCUGAUGAAAUUGACACCGAUUCUGCCUACAUUCUUUUCUAUGAGCAGCAGGGGCUAGACUGUGCACAAUUCCUGCCCAAGAUCGAUGGCAAAAAGAUGGCAGACACAAGCAGCAUGGAUGAAGACUUUGAGUCUGAUUACAAAAAGUAUUGUGUGUUACAGUAGAGCCACCACUCUGGCUGCUAGACAGGCUGGUGGUGAGGGAGGCGACUUCUGUAGCUGACAUUUGGCAAAAGCAUCGCUGAAAGGCAAGCUAAAUAGAGUUAUUUUAUCCUGUGACCCUGAAGCACAAAAUAAAAAUCCUAAUUAAAAUAGCAGUUACCUUUUAAGAGUAGUAAUAAUUUUGUUUUGAAGUCUUAUACAAGCUCUCCACUAGAGAACUUUCAGGCAGAGCCCACCAUUAGCCUGUAAACACAAGGGUUUGGCACCAGCCACCUGGGACCAAAUAAGAAUUAAAUUGUGCUUGUCAAGAUGUGAACAAACAUGUAGUGACUAUAGAGUUUACUAAUAAUCAUAACAAAAUACUAAAGAUUUCCUUGGAGUCAAAGUAAAAAACAAAAAAUUGUAGUGUUGUCUGGGGACGACAUGAUAUGCUACCUCCUUUUUCCUGAAGUUUUAUUCCAUUGUAUUGAUAAGAGGGAGAAAGCAAGAUCAUGAAGGUGUGCAAAUGAUUCUUAUGGCAUGGAUGCAGAGUGUUUGAUUUAUUUUUUAGAUCAUUUCCCUACUAUUUCUUGCUUGCUUUUUUGUUUUUGUGUUGGAAACACAACCAGUCAUUGGUGGCAGAGGCAUAUAGUGGUCAGUCUGAAGAAUGUCCUAAGAACUAUGUGCCUUCUACCCAGGGCCUUGGUUGGGAGACCCAGUAGAAAGACAAAGCGUCCUCAAAAAAUGGAUGCCCUCCCCCCACUGCUGAGUGUGCCAGGGUGGCUGCCAGGGUGGCUGCCAGGGUUUGCACCAUCCUCACUUGCGCACGUUGCACAGAGAGCUUCUGGGAAGGUGAGCAGCAUUAAAGCUAGCUAGUGUUUCACAACUAGUGGGUUUUUUUUUUCCUUUGUUUCUUUGUGUUGCACUUUAACAAGAAAGAGAAUAUGUACAAAUGGACUGGUCCGUAUUUGAUGGCUCUAAGGGCUAUAAAUUAACUUCACCGGGGUACUUUCCCCAUCAUAGUAAAUUCAAAAACACAACACGUCCCAAACCUGGAUCUGAAUAGUGCAAAAGUAUUUUUAAAUGAAAUCGAGGGUUUUAGGAAGUAACCUCUAGUUUUGUUUGCAUGUCCGUUUUUUUUUUUUUUCUGUUUUAUAUUUGGCUUUUUUUAAAAUUUACACUAGUCAUCAAGAGUUAUGUUUCUUUGCUUACUUCAUUUUUUCCUCCAAUUAUUCAAGACUGGAACAAAAGUAUAAAUGUUUAUUUUGAGCAGCAUUUUUUUUCCUGUGUUGUAUUUUAGUAUGUAUUCAAAGGAAAUGUUUAGCCUUUUCUUCCCUCAGUCUCUUGUGUAUUCUUUUAGACCCUGGAAGUUGACUCUCAUUAAUUGUCAGAUUACAUUACUCUUCCUUCCUCGUAGGUAGUAAGUUCUGAUGUGGUUAAGUGUUUGUGUUCUGAUAUAUGAGGCCAGUAAAUAUCUCUUCUCAGAGCGUUUGGAAAAGGUGUCUGAAAAAUUGCUGCCCAAAUUGAAACUCUUCAGAAGAAGAAUAUAGUUGCAAGUAGGAAGGUAUGGCCUAAAUGGUGUAAUAAUGAAGUCAGACAAAAUGCAUACUUUACAGUUUGAGGACUUUUCAGUAUAUAAAAUCUGUCCAUUCCUACUUGAACAAGUCCCAUGAAAAAGUGAAAAAGAUUUUAAUAAUUUACUUACAGAUGUUUUAUUUAAGCAGGUAGCACAAUCUACUAAUGUUGUUUGAUCUGUUUGUUAUAUUGGUUGUAAUUAAUUUUUUAAUUCAUGAACUAGCAUAAAGUUUAUUAAAUUAACUAUUAACUACAGUCACCUUGUAAAUUACUGUAUAAAACUUGUUGACAGUGCACUGACUUUAGAAAGAUGUUAAUGUACAUACAUAGAGUGUAAAUAAAAUAGUGUUGAUGUACUGAAAUAUGAACUGUAUAAAAAUGUAUUGGUAAUUGUAUAUGGAGUGUACCUGUUUAUCUGUAACUAUUAUCCAAACAAAUUAAAUACUGUGGAUGCCUC